UAAAAAAACCUCCAAUGUCAAAGCACCGGUACCAUCUGAAAGCCACCCCGUUCUACGCUAGAGUUUUUCCCAAACCAGGCUGAGUGUCAAGCCUUCCCACACCGUUGCCCUUGGAGAAACCAGGCUGGCACCGAAACGAGCAUUGCAGUUAAAAGUUCAGAGAAGAAACACGCCUGCCUCGGCUGGCCGCUUUGAUCUCGCAACCAUCCCUUGGCACGUCAAGACAUCUUCCGGGCUGUGCAUCUGGAAAGACUCCCAACCGGCCCUUUGCCUGUUGCCUUUGCAACCCUGGAGCUUUUUGAGCUGAGUAAGCCUCUUAGGAAAGUGUGUCUUUCAGACGCCACUUCUCUCUUUUCCCCCCUCCUUAAAGCAGACUCUGGGCAGCCUCAGCUGCCCCCACAUCUGGGCAGCAUUAGCCCAGCCCCUGACCUGUCAAAGAACAGGCUGCUGCUGCUUUUGCAGCGAGUUUGCAGUGAGUUAAGACUGAUUUCCUGGAUGGCGUGAGAGAAAGGAACCGAGGAAGAUCGCUGCACAUCCAGCUGCAGGAGACGGGAGAAGCCCUUUCAAACUGCCUUAGCCUAAGGUGGGGAAACAUCACACCUUCCUCUUGACAUGCAGAUUGAAUUACCAACCACAAAGGCAUGCUGGUAUUUCUCUGCUGGCUUCAACCUUCCUCUUGAAUGCAGAGAUGUUUCAAGAGGCAUUGCUCGUCUUCCUGCUUCUCUGGCCCACCUUGGUAGUCUCUACCUGGCAUGAAGGGUCUAGAUAUUCCACUGAAGAAAGUCAAACUGAAGACGUGUACCAUACGGAAGCCUCCAGUGUCCCUGCUCCAGAUUAUCAAGUUCCUCGGUGGUGUCACCCGCUAAUUAUUUACAAUGGGGAGGCUACCUGCUAUUCACCCCGUGGAGGAAAUUACCGCAGCAGCCUGGGGACACGCUGUGCGCUCUCCUGCAACCGUGGGUAUCGCCUGAUCGGCCCGAGGUCUGUGCAAUGCUUAUUGAACCGCCACUGGUCUGGGAUUAUCUACUGUAGACAGAUUCGAUGUCACACACUGCCAGCACUUCAGCACGGGUCGUACCAGUGCUCCAAUGGGGUGAAGACUGAUUCUCACUGUCACUACAGCUGCCAACUCGGGUAUCAUCUAGAAGGUGACAACAGCCGUGUGUGCACGGAAGAAGGGCGCUGGAGCGGUAGCGUGCCAAUUUGUGUAGACAUAGAGCCUCCUCAAAUCCGGUGUCCGGAUUCUCGAGAGCGAAUAGCAGAGCCUGGCAAACUGACGGCCAUCGUUUACUGGGAUCCACCCCGCGCAAAGGAUUCUGCUGACGGCAUCAUCAAAAAACUGAAACGUCGGGGCCCAGAACCAGGAUCCGAGUUUUCAGAAGGAGAACAUCUUAUUCGCUAUGCUGUCUAUGACCAGGCGCACAAUCGGGCCACGUGCAAAUUUUUGGUGAGGGUCCGAGUGAGUCGCUGUCCCACCUUGAAGGCGCCCGAACAUGGUUAUCUCAGCUGCACUUCAGCAGGGAACAAUUAUGGUGCUGUCUGCGAAUACCAGUGCAACGGAGGCUACGAGCUAGAGGGUGCCCAUUCACGGGUCUGCCAGUCCAGCCGCCAGUGGUCUAGUUCUCAGGCCAGGUGUACCCCCAUGCAAAUCAAUGUGGACAUCAACUCUGUCAUGGGCCUUUUGGAUCAGUUUUAUGAAAAGCGCCGGUUGCUGGUCGUCUCGUCUCCCGACUCCUCAGACCGCUACUAUAAGAUGCAGAAUGCCAUGUUGCAACAAGCAACUUGUGGGUUGGACAUGCGUCACAUGACUGUGAUUGAACUGGUGGGUUUGCCACCUCGUGAUGUGGGGCGGAUCCGGGAGCUCCAACUCUCCAAAAAGAUAGUGGAAGAACUGAGGCAGCUCCUGCACCUCAGUCAUUCUCGCUUCAGCGUAGUGUUGAUUGACAAAGACGGCGUAGACCGUGAUCGCUACAUCCAGCCAGUGACGCCUGAUGAGCUGUUCUCCUUCGUGGAUAUGUACCUGCUGAGUCCCCAGGAACAGUUACAGCAAGAACAUAACAGGGACAUGUGCGACUGAGAAGGAACUGCCUGGCUGCCUUCGGCCACCGAUGUCAACCCAAGGGUCUUGUUUCACAUUAGCCAAGGUGGUUAGAGGUGAAACCCGAAAAGCAACAGUUGGAUUUCAGUCAAGGUGGCAGAAGUAGUUUUUUUUCUGAUCCUACAAGAUCAGGAAAGGAAGCAGAGCAUUCUCGUGGCCUGGUUAAUAUCUUAUCAAUCUUGGAGACACUAUUCCAAAGGAGAUGCUUUCUCAAAUGUACAUUGUUUUCCCAUAAAGAGCACUAAAGACUCUUUUUGCCUGGAUCAUAAAUUUCUUCCCCUUAUAAAGCAGGAAGUUGAUGGGUUUGGUCUCCAGUUCCCGUCAACCUCAAGCCAAGCAUGACUAAGGAUUUCCAGAGUUGUGGUUUCACAUCUACAGCACUUCAGCGCAAGACCAGCUCUAGCAAGGAUAUCGUUGAGAUAACUGGUGAAGAACAAGAUCUUCUGAAUUGUCCUUUCUGUUCUCUUCUUAGCUUGGCUCUUUUUUGGGGGCAUGCCCAAAAAAUACGGCUCACCAAAAAUUAAGUUAGCUUAAUUACAAACGAACAGACUACCAUGUUUUCACCUACCAUCCUGGUCAAAUAAAAACCAACAUUCCUGAGUUUUGAGCUCUCCAAUCAGAGGUGAACCAAGACUAAAAUCACAGGGCUUCCAGCUUCUUUCCAUCCUUCCGAGGUGGGUCAGUAAAAUGAGGACCCAGAUUAUUGGGGGCAAUAUGCUGACUCUGUACACCGCUUAGAGAGGGCUAUAAAAGCACUGUGAAGCGGUAUAGAAGCCUAAGGGCUAUUGCAAUUCUUAAAAUAGUCAAGCUUAUUAUUUUUAAAAAAGGUUUUGCAACUUGAAUACGAGGUCAGAGAAAGAGACCUUCAAAGAGAAGAAGUGGGAAGCACGGAAGCAAAUCUAUAUAAAAGGUAAAGGUUCCCCUCGCACAUAUGUGCUAGUCGUUCUCGACUCUAGGGGGCGGUGCUCAUCUCCGUUUCAAAGCCAUAGAGGCAGCGCUGUCUGAAGAAGUCUCCGUGGUCAUAUGGCCGCCAUGACUAAACGCCAAAGGCACACGGAGCGCUGUUACCUUCCAACCAAAGGUGGUCCCUGUUUUUUCUACUUGCAUUUUUUACAUGUUUUCAAACUGCUAGGUUGGCAGAAGCUGGGACAAGUCACGGGAGCUCACCCCGUUACGCGGCACUCGGGAUUCGAACCGCUGAACUGCCGACCUUCCGAUCGACAAGCUCAGCGUUUUAGCCACUGAGCCACCACACCCCAACUAUAUACAGGUGCCUAUUUUGCUAUGAGAACACCAAGGCAACAGACAGAAGAAACCCAAUGCAGAAGGGAGGCUCCUUGUAGCUCCACCUUUCUAACAUGCUUCUUCUGAGUGGCACCAACAGCAUAGCAAGGAUUCCCCAGAGAUCAGACUGACCUCCUCCCCCUCCCCUGGUAAUUUUUUAGGAAGUUAUGAAAAACGAGCGCUUUUGUAAAAGCACAUUUCAAUAACUUCA